UCCACCCACACCGUAUUAUUUAUAGGAAGCUGCUGAGGAGAUAAUUGGAAAUCUCAGGGACUAUCUCGACGACAAGCAUGAACUAAAAAAACACAUUUACCUUUCCUUUGCCAUAAGUAACUUGGCCAAAAAUGAAGAGUUUAGUAAAAUUAAAGAAACGAUCGAGCAUCUUUGUAGUCUUAGCAGUGACAAUCAAAUGCACCCAGUGAGAUGGUUCCAACUGGAAAUGGAUUUGGCAAAGAAGAGUGAGCAAAAGCCAAUCAUAGAUAUAAAAGAGCUGCGUGAAAUAGCGCGCUCAGUGGGGAUCCUUGAGGCCGAGUUACAUGAAAUGUUCAUUCCUUACCAUCACCGUCUGGGAGACGUCCUACACUUCAAAGUUGAUGGACUGGAAAAUGUCGUCAUACUGGAUCCACAGUGGUUGGCAGAUCUUUUUUCUAAAAUCAUGACCCCGCCCGUCAGUAAAAGUGGAGAGGAUCGCCUGGAUUUUCUGAAACUAGGUCUGGAAAAAGGAGAACUAGACGAGGAGGUGUUUGAUGUGUAUUUGCAGGAGAAAAAGAUGACCAAAAGAAGACAGAAGUAAUUCAACUGAUGGAGCAUUUCGACCUGAUAUUUGACAUAUCUGAAUCAGUUGAAUCCCCAAGGAUGCCACCCUCACAGCCUGGAAGGAGAACAUUCGUCGUGCCUUGUAUGCUGAAAUACAAUGACCUGGCGGAUUAUAAGCUUUCUGAGAUUGCUCUAAAAACAUCUUUAUUCAUCUCAUUUCCUCACGGUUUCUUUCCUCCGGGGCUGUUCCAUCGUUUGAUCAUCCGUCUAUUUAGGAAGUAUAAACCUUACCAUUGUGUAAAUGGCAUCCCAGAUGUUAGUUUUGACCACGCCUCCUUCCGUCUGGAAGACAAAACAUCUGUGCUUCAUCUCUUCACUGCAGAAAAGGACAUUGAACUAGUGAUAGAUAACGCUGAGCGUAACAUAUACUUCAACGCACGACAAACAGUGGAAGACGAGUUGUCCUAUCUUCAAGAGACAUACUGUCCCAGAAUGCAUUUUGGCUACUUUAUCAGGGUAAACGAUAAGAGACGCAAAAUUCCGAUAGAAGCAGAGACCGUUCUAAAAACAGAUGCCAUCCGUGUAUGCGUAGAGAAAUCUGACGAAGAGAUUGAGCUGAAACCAUAUCGUGUUUGGUUUACAACGGUUGAGAAAAAACCACGUAGUCCUCAAAGUCUGGAGGCAGGUAAGGUUGCUGCACGUUUAUGUACCGAACAUGAAUGCUGCCAUUGGCAACAACAAAUAGGGGUUUUGAUAGUUCAAUGCCGGUGA